AUGGGCGCCCCCGAAGUUCACCACCUCUUCCACAACCCCAUCGCCGACCACUCCUUUUCGGCCGAUCAGUCUGUCCUGGCUGUCGCUCGGGAUACUUCUGUCGAGCUCUAUGGCAAGGUUGGCAGCGCUUUUAAGCUGAAGGACUCGCUCAAGGGCCACGACAAGACAGUCACUGGCGUUGACAUUGCCCCUAACAGUGGGCGCAUUGUUACAUGCUCUCAGGACCGUAACGCUAUCGUUUGGGAACCUUCCCCCGAAGGUUAUAAACCAACUCUCGUCCUUCUUCGAAUCAGCCGAGCCGCCACUUUCGUGCGCUGGUCUCCCUCCGAGAACAAGUUUGCUGUCGGAUCCGGUGACAGGGUCAUUGCUGUCUGCUACUUCGAGGAGGAGAACGACUGGUGGGUGUCCAAGCACCUGAAGAAGCCUAUCCGCAGCACCAUCACCAGUGUUGCCUGGCACCCCAACUCAGUCCUUCUGGCUGCUGGAUCUACCGAUGCCCAUGCGCGAGUCUUCUCCGCCUUCAUCAAGGGUAUGGAUGCCCGUCCUCCCCCUGGAGUUUGGGGCGAGCGUCUCCCAUUCAACACGGUUUGCGGAGAGUAUCUGAACAACUCGGCUGGUUGGGUGCACUCCGUUUCUUUCUCUCCCAGCGGAGAUAGCCUUGCCUUUGCAGCUCAUGACAGCAGCAUCACUGUCGUUUACCCCUCUGGCCCCGACCAAGCCCCUCGUGCUGUUGUUACCGUCUCUACUCAGCAGCUUCCUUUCAAGAGUUUGAUCUGGACUAGUGAAGAUGAGAUUAUCGCUGCUGGUUACGAUUGCGAGGCUUUCCGCUUCCAGGGCGGUGAGGGUGGCUGGCAGUUGGCUGGCCCUAUUGAGCAAAAGGGCCGCCCUGGUCUGGACGAGCACCGCGAGGAGUCUGCUCUGAACAUGUUUAGGCAGAUGGAUCUCAAGGGCAAGGCCAAGGAUGAUACUCAGCUUCAAACUACCCACCAAAACACCAUUAGCACCGUUAGGCCCUUUGAGAGUUCCGGCGACCGCGUUACCAAGUUCAGCACAAGCGGUGUCGAUGGCAGGAUUGUUCUGUGGAGUGCUUAA